AUGCGAAGAGCUCGCAAAGUCAAGUGUGACGAGCAGAAACCGGAAUGUCAUCGAUGCGUCUCCACUGGUCGAAAGUGCGAUGGCUAUCAACAGCUGUCGAAUACUCCUUCACCCAGCAAUAACAUCUUGCAGAUACACUCUGAUCUCUUUGCGUCUCAGACCGAGAGAAGAAGCUUUGACUACUUCCAGACGCGGGCUUGUCAGGAUCUGGGCAGGUACUUCCAUUUUCCGUUCUGGUCUCGAGAAGUUCUACAAGCAGCGAUCCACUUUCCACCUAUCCGACACCUGGUUAUUGCCCUUGGAGCUGCAUAUGAGAGCUUUACAUUGGAGGGCUCCAACGAACCAAACCCGCAUGAAUCUGCGGCGGGGAUGCAGUUUGCUCUUCAGCAAUCCAAUCACUCCAUUCGACAUAUGCACAAUCUCUUUCAGUCGGCUUCGACGAACGGCCAAUCCCUCGAGAGCACAUGCUGUAUCCUGACAGCGUCCAUACUUUUUACCUAUCUUUCCAGCCUUCAGGGAUAUCUAGGACAGGCGAUUGAGCAUAUCCGUUCAGGAUUGAAACUUCUGCAAGACUUUGAUGCCUCUCCGUGGCGUCAAGAGGCCUCAAAUCCAGCUUAUCCAGUUCCCAUCGAGCUGCUACGCUCGAUUCUUAUUGCCAUGUACGGGCAAGUUCGAUGUAUGAUCAACGACGAGGCUCUGACGAAGUGGGAUCGGGACUUGCUUGUGUGCGACGUGGAACCUGUGUUUUGGUUUUCAUCCGUCGCGGACGCGCAUAAUUACGUCGAGAGCCUCUUUCAGAACAUGCUUGCUUUCCUUCAGACAACAGAAUUCAAUCCUCCUAGAACACCGGACCAGCUUGCUGCAUUUCAGACGCGACGAAACGAACUGUUGCGUGCACUCAAGAGUAGCUGUGAGGCACUGGAACUUCUUUCCUCCCACCAGUCACUCUCGGCAGGUAGCCAUCCCGUCGAGAACGGCAUCACUAUUCUUCGCCUGUACCACACCCUAAUAGAAAUGAGAUUGCGGAUGGACGCUCUUCGGCCAGACAAACGUGAAGCCACCUUCGACGCUUUGGAGCCCCAACUUGAGAAGAUGCUAGAGUAUUGUGGACUCUUGGUCAACGAUGACCCAGCCGGAUCAACGCGCGCCUUAUGCCAUUCGGGCCUCGGGAUCGUCAUGCCUCUCCAUACUGUUGCCGCACGCUGCCGGAACCCGCAACUUCGGAGAAAGGCGCUGGAUAUGUUGCUCAAGGGUGCGCGACGGGAAUGUCUUUGGGACGGCAUCAUGACUGGCAAGAUUGCUGCAAAAACGCUGGAAAUUGAGGAACAGAGGGUUCUCGAGGAAGAAGAGGUAGAUUUCUCAUCGGCCGAGGAGUUGAGAAAGAAUGUCCCGGACGAGAGAAGAGUCCGAGAGGUCAAGAUUGAAUUUCAUGGAGAAAGAAAAGCCCGUCUUCAAUUUAUAACGGUGGGAAAUUGGAAAAGAAAUGAAACGGGUGUUCAACAUGUCAUUGAGUGGUGA